UUCGGGCUGACCGCGCCAGUUUGAAUGAAAGCUCCGCAAGAUGGCGGCGGCCAGGGCCAAGGCACGGGGCAGUGAGGCAGGAGCGCGGUGUCACCGGGCUCCAGGUCCGCCCCCGAGGCCCAAGGCCAGGCGAACGGCGAGACGCCGCCGCGCGGAGACCCUGACGGCGCGACGCUCGCGGCCGUCUGCGGGCGAGAGGCGCGCCGGCUCCCAGCGAGCGUGGUCCGGAGCUCCGCGGGCCGCGGUCUUUGGCGACGAGUGUGCACGAGGUGCCUUAUUCAAGGCCUGGUGUGUGCCUUGCCUAGUUUCACUUGAUACUCUCCAGGAAUUAUGUAGAAAAGAAAAGCUCACAUGUAAAUCGAUUGGAAUCACCAAAAGGAAUCUAAACAAUUAUGAGGUGGAGUACUUGUGUGACUACAAGGUAGCAAAGGGUGUGGAAUAUUAUCUUGUAAAAUGGAAAGGAUGGCCAGAUUCUACAAACACCUGGGAGCCCUUGAGAAACCUCAGGUGUCCACAGCUCCUGCGGCAGUUCUCUGAUGACAAGAAGACUUACUUAGCUCAGGAAAGGAAAUGCAAGGCUGUCAAUUCAAAAUCCUUGCAACCUGCAAUUGCUGAGUAUAUUGUACAGAAAGCUAAGCAAAGAAUAGCUCUGCAGAGAUGGCAAGAUUACCUCAACAGAAGAAAGAACCAUAAGGGGAUGAUAUUUGUUGAAAACACUGUUGACUUGGAGGGCCCACCUUUAGACUUCUACUACAUUAACGAGUACAGGCCAGCUCCCGGGAUCAGCAUAAACAGUGAAGCCACCUUUGGAUGUUCAUGUACAGACUGCUUCUUUGACAAGUGUUGUCCUGCUGAAGCUGGAGUUGUGUUGGCUUAUAAUAAGAAGCAACAAAUUAAAAUCCAACCAGGCACUCCCAUCUACGAAUGCAACUCAAGGUGUCGAUGUGGACCUGAAUGUCCCAAUAGGAUUGUACAAAAAGGCACACAAUAUUCACUGUGCAUCUUUAGAACUAGCAAUGGCUGUGGUUGGGGUGUAAAAACCCUUGUGAAGAUUAAAAGAAUGAGUUUUGUCAUGGAAUAUGUUGGAGAGGUGAUCACAAGUGAAGAGGCCGAGAGACGGGGACAGUUCUAUGACAACAAAGGGAUCACCUACCUCUUUGACCUGGACUACGAGUCUGAUGAGUUCACAGUGGAUGCAGCUCGAUAUGGAAACGUAUCCCAUUUUGUGAAUCAUAGUUGUGACCCAAAUCUUCAGGUGUUUAGUGUUUUCAUCGAUAACCUUGAUACUCGGCUGCCCAGGAUAGCAUUGUUCUCUACAAGAACCAUAAACGCUGGAGAAGAGCUGACUUUUGACUAUCAAAUGAAAGGUUCUGGAGAAGCAUCUUCAGACUCCAUUGACCACAGCCCUGCCAAAAAAAGGGUCAGAACCCAAUGUAAAUGUGGAGCCGAGACUUGCAGAGGUUACCUCAACUGAAGUGUCAGGAAACGGAGCUCAUGAAGAAAAAGCUCAUUAGAAGAAAAACAAAACAAAAACUAACAAUUGAAAAAGUAUUUGGGACUCCUUUCUAUUACCUACAUAUUGUAUUAUAUGAUGUUAAUAUACAGUUCAUGGCUCAAGUCAUUGCCAAGUAUAUUACUGUUUAUUCUGAAAAGGACUGCGGGGCACAUAAACGGUAGAUAUUUGGUGGUUAAAUGGAAAGUGAACUAUGUAUAAAUCACUGUUUGCUUACUUGAGAAGUCGGAAUAGACAAUUAUUCCCUUUAGUGUUUGAAAAGUGAGGCUACCACAGUUACUAUGAAACCUUUUAUCUUGACUCAAACAGAUAAUCCAAUUUAGGCAAAUGUAUAAAUUUUAUUUUUUUACUAUAUUAUUUCUGUUUAAUACUCACUGAUCAGAGACAAAUAAGUGCUGAAUUUUUUACUAUAUUUUCUACUUUUACAUAAAAACAUUGGCAUCUUAAUGAUAUAUUUCAGGUGUAAAAAUGUGAAAGACUUACUUCUAGCUUGAUCUUAUUUUGAAGCAAUAGAUACCAUUACAAAGGUUGUAUAUCUGAACCUGAAAUUCUUAAAAGAUUUUUUUUAGUUGCACAGAAGAAAAGCCCCUAAUCACCUUCUCUAGAAGUCUAUAGUGGCUGGCCAUUGUGCUUCUUUGAACACACAGAACAGUGACUAGGAGGGCCCAUUGGAGUGCCAGGCAGAGUGAGCCACUCAGCGAGUGGGAGGUCCGCACUGAGUAUCUCAUCUGAGCAGGAGUGAGAUCCGUGAGGGACACAAGCCCCGAUGACAGUGUAAUUCAGGUCACUUGCAGGCACUUUUAAUUACUAUCCACUACAUUUAAAUAAUUUUGUAUUUUGUGCAUGCCCUUUUGAACAGAUACUUGUUUUAUACAAGAAUUUUUUUAUAAGAUAAAACUUAGCUUGGCCAGAGUUAUGUCUGAUUGAAUUUUUAUUAACUUCUGGGGAUUAGAUGCGGUUUUUCCCUGUGUAGUAAAACCCAAUAAAGAAAAAACUUACUUUCAUCUUUCUGGGUCUGGGAGUUCUAAUCAUGGUGUCCACUGUGAAGACAAAACAAAUGCAGCAAAUAAAGCAAGCUUUUGGUUUCCUAAGAGUUCCCCCGGCUCACUGCUCCAGGCUUUAAUAGACUAUGAUAAGCGUCAGUAAAAUGAACUGAAUUCAGGAGCUCAGCAUUUCCUUUAUCUUCCUAACUCUUGGCCUGGUUUGAGAGAAGCUACAGUAUUACUCAAAAUCACCUUCAUGGGGCUGCUGUUCACAACAGUACAUGCAGAAUAUCGCCUUCAUGGGGCUGCUGUUCACAGUACAUAGUAUUCAGUGUGCAUAUUUGAGGCCUUGUAGUAUGUCUGCUACCCAAAGAUUUCCGAAUUUGUCAAGAAAAAAGUAUAAUUUUAAAUGGCAUUUCUUUUGUUUUGAGAAUCUUAAAAGCAACACGGGUAUCCCGUCCCAUCCCCCCGUCCCACCCCCUAACAACCCCUUGGCCAAGCUCACCUUGAAUUAUUCUCAGGUUUAAAGAUUAAAAAAAGACAGACAAAACCAAAACCCAGUGUUUGACUGUCUAGAUAUUUGGUCUUAUUUACUGUUAAGGUUAAAAGGAAACUUAGGAGGGCAAGAAGGAAAAUACUGUUUAAUAAAUAUGUGGCUUUGUUUUGUCCUUACUAAUAGAAAUUUAAUGUGCCCUUAAGAUUUUGUGGGGAGUGGGUAGGCCUUUGGACAGAGUAUCUGUAGCCAGGUUAGCCUUGAAUUUACUGUGUAGCUGAGUAUUAUCGUGAACUCCUCAGCUCUGCCCCCCUACGGCCCAGCGCUGGGAUUGCAGACACGUGCCACCAUGCCAGCCUGGAGAUUUUUACCUUUAAACACAAACAGACUUCACUCUGAGUGCCACACAUGUAAUGGUCAUUGCUUCCCUUCACUAUUCCAUUACUCUUUCCUGCCUCUCAACAUUCCCCCAUUACAUCCCUCUCAGACUGUCACCUCAUGUUAGCUAUUUAUACAGGGUAUGUGUAUGUGUGUGCACAUUGUUGUGAUAAAAGUGAUCAAUUCAGCUGGAGCCUGAUUCCUCACGUCACACGUCCCAAGUAUGUAGUGUCUUCAGCAACAUGUCCUUGGAAAUAAUCAUGACAGGAACUUGAGCAGAGGCUGGAACCAUGUAGGAAAGCUAACGCUGCUUCUUGGCUUACUCUCAGCCAGACUCAUGCUCAGCUAGGUUUCUUAGAUAGCCCAGGCCCCUCUGCCUAGGAAUGGUACUGCCCACAGUGAGCUAGACCCCGCUACAUCAAUUACAAUUAAGGAAAUCCCCACAGACAUGCCACAGGCCAAUUUUGAUGGAGCCAGUUUCUCAAAUGAGGUUACUUUUUCCCAGGUGACCCUAGGCUUGUCAAGUUGUAUGAGAAGGUAUAUACAAUCAGUUUGCAUUUGAUUCUUCUCUGAAGUAAAAGUGGCUAGCCUUUAGGAUUUUGUGAUGUAUCUUGGCAUUUUGAAAUGUUUUUAACUUUGCUAAUUUAGAACUCUUGAAGAAUGAUGUAGCCACUACAAUCAAUGCUGCCCGUUUUAAUGCUUUAUGUAAAGAGCUUUCCUCAUACAGCAGAGUGCUCGAGCAUGGACUCUAAAAGCUUCGGGGUGUGUGUGUCUGUGUGUGUGUGUUGCUUACUAGCUAUGUGAACUAACCUUUGUGCCUUAGUUUCAUGCCUACCUCAAAGUAUGGUUUCAUAGAUUAAAGCUUUAUAAAGUGGGCUUUUUUUUUAAUAACAGAAUAAACACCAUAUGUAAAGA